GCAAUUUCCACUUCUGGUUGCUAUUCUGCGAAUUUUUCCUUUACUUAUAGACAGUUUACUGGAGCGAUUCCAUCACAUGGCGAACAUCCAAGAUGGCUCAAUGGAGGAGAUCCUGUGGCGGUCGCCAGCGCACGUUCAGAUGAUGGGAGGCUUUCUCCAUUCCAACAAUAUUUUGUUCUACUUCGCCGAAUCUCCGUUCUUCGACGCUACUUCUAACAAUGCCUCUCUUGCCAUUCAAGCCAACUACAACGAAACACUUCGCCACUUUGUGGAGACUCGUGAGGCGUUCGAGGGCCGUUUGAGGACCAUGCAAGGGUUAGAAUUUGUGGUUGCUUAUGACCCGUUGCAGGCUGCGGCACAAACAGAGACCAGUUUUGCGCAUGAACCAUCUAAUAUCUGGGUGAUCCGGAAACAGACGAGACGGAAACGAGCCGGGAUAGAUGAUGAGGUGGUAGUUUUAUCCACUUACUUCGUUGUGGGAGAUUGCAUCUAUAUGGCCCCGUCAGUUGCGAACGUUGUGGGAAACAGAAUACUUUCUGCUGUUUCAUCACUCACGAGCCUUCUGAAGACCGCAUCGUCACUGCCUAGUUUUACUCCGUCACAUGGGCACACGUACAUGCCGCCCGCACCCAAACCGACGGACACCAGUCAGCCAGGAGCUCAAUCUCAGCAAAGCAAGGAGAACACUCCGAUGCCCGGCACCGACUCCACAAAAACUCCGUUAGUCGGUCUCCAAAUGACCAGCGUGGGGACAGUUUUUCAGGACACGAAGUCUUUCGCCGAAUCAUUCGGUCUCCUUGCAAGAUAUGGAGAGGAAUUCAUGGAUGAGAACCCACUAGUCGGAGAGCCGGGGUCAUUCAUCCUGUCCAAAUCCGGGGAUGCGGAUCGAGCUGCUGCUGCCAAACAACCACCGAAUAUCAGCCGACCUGGGAGUGUCCUGGGCAGAGUUGGAACGCCUCAAGACAAGGUUGACACGCCUGGUAAAACAGCAGAGAAAGGGGCCACUCCGUCGGCCUCCGAUGAGAAUAAAGCACGAAAGAAGAAGGCCAAAAUUGGGAGUUAGAAAAAGGAAAAGAAAGGGGAAAGAAAGAAUAAGAAUAAGAAUAAAGCCAAAAUUUUGUGAUACCCUUUUAUUAACAACCUGAAGAUCAUGGUAAAUGUACAUUCCAUGAAUACGUCCACAGCAAAUGACCGAUGUAAGGACUAGAAUCAGAUAAUUCACUUGUUGUAUACUGAGGCAACUAACUACAGCAAUAAUUACAAUGUAGAAAAUGCCAGGAGGUAUGCU